AUGAUGUACAGAACCGUUCUCGCCGGCAGGAGAGCACCCGUCUCUCUCAAACCCAUCGUAUCUGCUCGACUUUACGCGACCGACCCCCAUCCUACUUCUCCUCCUCCUACUCCUAGACCUAAACCUGAUCCUACUAGUCCCCCUUCAAGUGGACCAGGUGGACCAUCCGGAUCAGGCGGGAUGGAUACCCCAUCAGGUAAUGGUCUCUUAUACGUUGGAGCAGGAGUUACUCUUAUCGGAGCUGUAUAUUUCCUCUUUGGCGGCUCAUCAACCGAAGCCGUAGCUAGUCGACAAGUCCGAUCUCAUGAUGCUCCUUUAAAACAGGCCGAACUUUAUACUAAAGGGACUGUUGAUCGAGUAGAGGGAAAGGCCGCUGAAUUAACGGGUAAAGCCAAAGGUCAAUAUGAAGAAGCUAAAGGAGAAGUAAAGAAAGUUUUCAAGUAA